AUGGAUUAUAGAAAUCAGACUCCGGUGACUGAGUUUUUAUUCGUGGGCUUAACAAAUUGCUUCCAGCACCAGGUUGCUCUGUUUGUGAUAUUUCUCUGGGUUUAUCUCAUCACUCUUCUGGGAAAUAUGGGCAUGAUCACCCUCAUUUGGAUGGAUUCCCGACUCCACACACCCAUGUACUUUUUUCUCAGCCACUUGUCCUUUGUGGAUGUCUGCUCCUCUUCUGUCCUUGGUCCCAAGAUGUUGAUGGACAUCUUUGUGGAGAAAAAAGUAAUCUCUUUCUUGGGCUGUGCUGCCCAGUUAUGGUUUUUUGGUCAGUUUGUAGUGACAGAGUGUUUCUUGCUGGCCUCCAUGGCAUAUAACAGGUACAUGGCCAUCUGUAAGCCCUUGUUGUAUACACUCAUUAUGUCCCAAAAGGUCUGUGUGCAGCUGGUGGUAGGGCCUUAUGCCAUGGGUCUUUUGAGCACCAUGACCCAUACGACUUUCACCUUUCAUCUGCCUUACUGUGGUCCAAAUACCAUCAAUCACUUCUUCUGUGACCUUCUCCCUGUCCUC